AUGUCUUUUACUAAAGACAUUGCGAAAACACUUCCCAAGAAGGCUCCCAACGCGGAACAUCAUCGCGCGACGCUAGACGGCUUGUCUCGCACCAAGUUCGCUAUUUUCCACACAGCUGCUUUGAACGUAUCGGCUCGCCAGCAGCUUGAAGAAAGCAUCAACACGGACGAAACUAGUACAGGGAGUUCUAAACUUGCCCCUCAGCCAGACUUCAGUGGUCGCUCUUUACGAGACGUGUAUGACUAUUUCAUCCACCUGCGCGAUCAAGACGACACCAUCCAUCCACUAUACUUCAUAGUAGCCGACCAAGAAGAUUUUAGCCGUAACGGGGUGGUGGUCGUUCUGCUCAACUCCAGCCAAGACGAGGAAGACAUUGUGGGUGUUGGGCGCUGCAGCAGUGUCGAGGCGGACUCAUGGGGUGCAAACAUCGAUAUUGGUAAUCAAGAUUGGCUCGACUUGAAAGAAAAAGAAGCUGUAGAAUGGGGCGGGGAUGAUCCGUACGGGAAUGACGACGAUAAUGACGGUGAUAAACCAGGUGUCGGCGCAACAACCUCCCAAGGCACAACAGUGCAGAGCCCAACGACUCUGACUGAGCCACGCAAGAAAGUGUACGGGUGGUAUAGCUUGGUCGAAAGAGCUGUACCGAUCAACUCCAUGCUCGAGCCGUCAUGGCUUGAUAUGAGAUCAGGAGAUUCUCGAUUCCAGAUGCUCGGCAACUUCUAUUCUUCAAACAACCCUUGGGAUGAGAUACGUGUAGCGCAUCCACAGCAGUGUGUUUUCAGGCCUUCCGUCCAUCGAACUCUCAUCCUUGUUGCAGAGCACGAUGACGCUAACGGCCCCGAGGGUAUGACCCUCGCUCGUUUGAAGUGGGAUGGCAAUAUUGAGGCAGUGGAGAAUGCGAGCCCAUCACUCAUGCCGGAAAUUGAGAUAGUGGCCAAGGUGAGCGCGGGAACGGCUUUGGAGGAGGCCGAUCGAGCGGCGCAAUAA